GUGUGUUACGUUCCUGUUCCCGAGUCACUGCUAGGGGUGCUUGCCCUGCGGAUGAACUUAGACAGUAGGUUGCCGCCACGAAAGACGGUUUUAACGUCAAUAGUCACUAUUCGAAUCGUUCAGUAACCCGAAUGUCAGUCGAUAUCUGCAAACUCGAUGGCCAGGAUGGGAAGGUUCUUCCAAUUCAUGUGCCACAGAACGUGAGUCUCUUGGAAACGUAUCGUUACGUCAUGGAAAAUGCAGCAGAUUCCAGAGUAGCAGAUUGGAUGUUAAUGAGUAGUCCAUUUCCAUUGCUGGGAAUUAUAUUUUUUUAUUUGCUCUUUGUUCUUCGUCUUGGCCCAUUGUGGAUGAAAAAUCGAAAACCGUAUAGUUUAAACAAAAUUAUGAUUUGUUACAAUAUUUUUAUGUCAACUGCCAGUGGAACUGUAUUUUAUGGGUUGUUAACAUCCGCCACAAAAUUUUCUCUUGGAUGCGAACCUCAUAUCGUUAUGAAUGAUCCCAAAUCUUAUCGUAUGGCUCGAUGGAUGUGGAGGCUCUUAAUGUUGAAAGUCCUCGAGUUGAGCGACACCAUCAUCUUCGUUCUAAGGAAAAAAUACAACCAAGCAUCUUUUCUUCACAUUUAUCACCACACGUCGACCGUUCUUCUUGCCUGGAUAGCAUGCAAAUUUGUCCCAGGUGGUAUGUGGCCGUUCACGAUUAUGCCAAACUGCAUCGUGCACGUGAUUAUGUACACCUAUUAUCUGCUCGCCUGCUUGGGCCCAGAAGUGCAAAAGAGGAUCGCGCCUUGGAAACAAUACAUUACGGGUUUACAAAUGGUCCAGUUUAUUAUUAUGAUAUGUUAUACGUUUCAAACUUUGUUGCCUUCGUGUGAACCAAAUCGAAAACCGAUAGCCUAUAUUUAUAUGUCGCAGAUCCUUAUCAUGUUUGGUAUGUUUUGCGACUAUUACAAGAAAUCAUAUCUCAGAAAAAAGAUGAAGUAAUAACGAUUGAGAGAGAAUCAGAAAAGUCGAGGUGAUUUCGGAUUACACGUUGUGUAAAUGCUACCAUGAAAAUCCAGUAGACUCCAACCAUUGUGACCGCGCGAUAUGCUUCAUCCUGGAGGGCGUAUCUCUCUACACAGUGAUAAUUCCAUGAAAAAUCGGAAUAGAACGAUCGUGAAUACUUGAUAAAACACGGUUGGUGGAACACAUUAGAAAGACACGCAUCAGGAAAC